CCCGGGCAGGUGGUGGGCUCAGAGUGGAGGCAUGCACAGCUCAGGGUGUGCUGCGUGCACGGCCCCUGUUUGCUGUGGGCGCUGUGCGUGCAGGGCUCUGGGGUGUGUGGGUGCCACUGGGGGGACGUCCAGCUGCUGGGCAGGCCGGGUUGCUCACAGGCAAAUGCUGCUCGUCCCCUGGUUGAAGUUGCAGGUUCAGGCACAGGCCAUGCUGGUGGAGGGAGCCCUUCCCUGCAGCUGGAUUUAACAGCCUGCAGCAGCACCCUCUCCUCCGGGCACUGGUGUCCCCAGAGGUGCUGGGCAGGCUGCAGGCUGGGGAGUCGGCGCUGAGCUCCUGGUCGCUGCCAUCAGCAGAGAGCAGUAUUCAGUCGCUGCUCGGCUUGGCUGGGGGCCAUUUCUCCUGUGGACACAAAGCCCUUGCAAGUUCCCUGCUGAUGAGCGCCUGGGCACUGUGUCCUGGGUAGCGUGGCUCAGCACCCAUCUCUCCAGGGACGCACAGCCCGGUGUGAGCGGGGACACCUCCUUUGGAAGCGGGGAUCCCCCUCCCAUCACAGGCACUGCCUGAGCUGCACCGGGAGCUGCUGGAGAGGCAGCGCCCAGCCCGCCUGUGGGGCUGUCUCCAUGCUGAUGCCUUCCCUGUGUGCUGGGGAGAGCUGUGCUGCGUGGUGGCAGCUUUGGGAGUGUGCAGUGCUCCGAGGGCUGCUGGCUGUCAGCAGACAGCAUUGCCAACCCUUGGAGCCAGACCAGGGCCCUCUUCCUGCUGUCCCUCUUAGGAGGAGGAGCCACUCCAUCCCUGGGGGGUGAGCCAGGCCUGCUCAUCCUUGAUGCUGGAGCUGCAAACCCCACAAGCAAUCUGCUCCCUCUGCUGAAGAGCCAGCACAACCCGGCAAGCAUCUCUCCUCUCCAGAAUGCCCAUUUCGUCCUGGGACUGCCCCAACAGAGCGGAGGGCAUCCCCUGCUCUGAGCCUGCUGAGGUGCAGGGCCCCUCGGGUCCUGCCAGGGAGCCAUGCUGGAGGCAGCCAGCUCCUGCCGUGCUCCUCCGCCUGUUGCUCGCUCACGUUUCACGGGGCUGUGACCCCCAUGGGCUCAUAUCGCCCUGAGCCCUGCAGUGGGGCGGGCAGCAACCCAAACCCGGCGGCUGGGGUUUCAGAGGCAAGGCAGGGUGGCUGUGCUCCUGAGGUCACCUCAACUGCAGUGUACCACAGCAGAGCUGUCCCUAGGGCAGACACGUGCCUCUCUGAGAGCUGAGGGGAUGCGGGGACUUUGGGUGAGCCCGGCUGCUCCCCUCUCCCAGCAGCCACCCUCUGCACCUCUCCCUGUCAGCUCUUGCACUGUGCCGCUGGAGACAGUCACCAUGACCCUCACCAAAGGCUCCUUCACCUACUCCAACGGGGAGGAGUACCGUGGCGAAUGGAAGGAAGGUCGCAGGCAUGGUGUUGGGCAACUGACGUUUGCCGACGGCACCGCCUAUGUGGGGCACUUUGAGAACGGGCUCUUCCAUGGCUGCGGUGUGCUCACCUUCUCUGAUGGUUCCAGGUACGAGGGGGAGUUUGUGCAGGGCAAGUUCAAUGGCGUCGGCGUCUUCACCCGCUGUGACAACAUGACCUUUGAGGGCGAGUUCAAAGGCGGGCGCGUGUAUGGCUUCGGUCUCCUGACCUUCCCCGACGGCUCCCACGGGGUGCCGCGUAACGAGGGCUUCUUUGAGAACAACAAGCUGUUGCGGAGGGAGAAAUGCCCGGCUGUCAUCCAGAGGGCCCAGGGCGCCUCCAAGUCUGCCCACAACCUGACAGCAUGACGGUGCCCCACAUCCCCCCCUGCUGCAGUGCGGACCCUGCUGCUGGGCGCUGGCUGGCCCCACAGUCCCCAGAGCAGGGACGUGGCACUGCUGGGUGCCCCUCUGCUCCAUCACCACCAAGCCCCCCCCCCCACUGAACCCCCACAGCUGGGGGGGAUGGGGCCCUCCACUCUCCACCCAAGUGCCCCGGGGCAGCCGUGGUGCCUUCUCUCUCUGGCUAUAGCCCUGUCAGCUACCAGAGCAGCAGGGGGGCAGGGUGGCCAGGGCUCGGCCCCUCUGUCCCCCAGGAAGGGUGUGGACGACCGGGGCUGCUAGCCUGCUGCAGAAGAUGGAGCAGGUGUGUAGGGGCUGUGGCUGGGCCCUGACCUCACUGCCAGGGUGCCCUGGAUGGAAGCUGCUGGCUGCAGCAUGUGUCCAUAGAGGGGCAACUCCUGGCUCCCUUUGCUACCCUGGUCCCGAGGCAGGGUGGGCACCUCUGGCAGCCUGUGGCCUCCGCCUAUAGCUCUGAGUGACCAGCUAUCCCCUGCGUGCCCCUAGCAGGGUGACAUGGUGCCACUGAAGGACCCAGCCUGCUCUCAGGGCCAGCUGAUGGGCUGUGUUGUCCUCAUUCCUGUGCCAAUCCAGCCCAUCCACUGCCUUGGGGACAUCUGCAGCAGCAUCCUCACUGAGGGGGACUGAGGGACACCCAGCCUGGCCCAAUCUGCUUCACGCUGGGGGAGGGCAGGAGCAAUGGCGAGCAAGGAGCAGGGUCAAGGGGCACGAGCAGGGCUGCAUGGAGUGCCAGGGCUGGAGCAGGGGGCCUGGGAAGGGUGGGUGGGGGAUAGGGGCAUGGCGAAGGGGCAGGCAGGGUGGGCAGGGGGCACACAGCUCCCCAUCUUGCCCCCUGCACAUGUUCUUCAUCUCCCCCCUGCGUGUUCACCUUCAUGCCCAGUGAGGUCUAGCUGGUCAUGGUGCAGGGGUCCUGGCAGCCUUCACAGUCUGGUGGUGGUCUGUAGGGGGUGUGCCCUCCCUGCCGGUCUCUGCCCACACUGGUCCCGUGCCUUGCCAUGACCCUGCCUUGUGCUGCUGCCUGCACAGGCUUCAGCUGAAUAAACCACUUUGCCAAAUGCC